UGAUUAACAGAGUUUCAUCGGAAGCUGCGCUGCAUGGUCGAUACGGUCGAUACGCGCAUCGGGUCUCGGUGUCAUAUAACAUCACUACGUCAGAGAGAAAAUUAUUGGAUAUAUUCCAUAUAUUCCGUUUUUAUGUUCUUUGUAUAGGGCUUGUCUACAUUUGUCGGACAACAUGAGUUUAAAAGAAGAGCCUCAAAGAGCAUAUUCAGAGAGGGCACAUUCUCCUGCACCCAGCUAUAUGUCUUUGAGCUCAGAUUGGUCGAUGGAUCUACCAACAAACUUUAAAAGUGGAGAAGCAAUUCUUUUGGAUUUAAGUGAAUCCAAAAAGAGGAUAUGUGAGCUCCCAACAAUGAAACAAGACCGUGUGGAAAUGCUGCACUUGAGUAAAGAGCCAAGUGAUGAACACAAAAACAUAAGAGUAAAGUCAGAAAGGGCAGCUUCUCCUGCACCCAGCUAUAUGUCUUUAAAAACAGAUUUGUCAAUGGAUCCACCAACCAACUUUAAAGAUUUUCUUUUGGAUACAAGAGUUAGAUCAGGGAGAGCUCCUUCUCCUACAGUGUCUCAGUGGUCAGAUUCGUCAGAUGAACCACCAGUUAACUGCAAAGCAGAAGACACUGUCCCCUUAGAUUCAAGACUUCGGACAAGUCAUCACUUUAAAUGUCCUCUGUGCAAAUCGAUGUUGAAAGAUCCAGUGUCCAUCUCAUGUGGGCACAAUUACUGCAGAGGAUGUAUUAAUGAAUACUGGGACAAUUGUGCUGGAGAAUAUGUCUGUCCACAAUGUGGUAACCCAUCAGAAACCCGUCCGGUGCUGAACACAAACGCAGCUCUAGAUGAGGUGGUUAAAAGCCUGCAGCAAGCAGGCUUCAGUCCAGUACUUCCUCCUCAAUCCUAUGCCGGACCGGAAGAUGUGGCCUGUGAUUACUGCACUGAGGAGAAAUUGAAAGCUGUAAAGUGUUGUUUAACCUGUGUCAUGUCCCUCUGUGAGACUCAUGUCAAGUCACAUUACACAAUAGCUGCACUACAGAAACACACACUGUCAGAUGUGACUGGAGACAAGAAGUCAGGACCCUCAGAGCAGCACCAGAACACAGAUGACAGCUUCAGCAGCACUGGACAACAGGAUCAGACCGAUAAAACUCAAGACGUUAUAGAGGAGGAAAUCAGGAGUAUCUUACAUUCUGUGUUCAAUACCUGCACAUCAGAAACAGAAGUUAGUAAAGAUGAAACUAACAUUAGUAAGCUUGCACUAUUGUGCUCCGAGCAGCAAGAUGAUUCAGGACAUAAAAGCCUCUCCAAGUUAAACGAGAAUGAUACAAAGAAAGAAAUAUUUAAAAUGGAGGAAAUAUAUUUUGGAGACGACUACAGUGAGAAUGAUUUUGGUGCAAAUAAUUAUGAGGUAGAUCUGGCGGAAUAUUCUCCUUUAGACGUGGAAGUUGAUUAUGAUGACUGGGAAUUUUACAAUUAUGAGGGACGUACUUUAGAGGAUUAUGAUGACGACAUUCCAGAUGGUGGCAAUUGUUAUGAUGAUUAUGAUGAUUAUUAUUAGGAGUAGGACUUGUUAAUUAAUGAUUAUGAUUGUUAUAAUCUGUGCACUUUCAUAGCUGCUAAGACACAUUUCUUUCUCGAAUAGAUGUAUUUCAGGGUAGUUUAAUAUGUACUGUUUUUUGUAUAAAAAACUUCAAAUUAAUUGAUAUAAAAUUGGACUGAUAUCAGAGAGCACUGGAUAAAUGUUAGUUUCAGAAUAAAGCAAAAAAAUAAAGCUCCAGUUUAUCUGUUAAAAAUAAAUACAUAUUCUGGUAUUAAUGAUAGAAGUGAAAAAUCCCCAAAUCCUGUUAACCAUGAAUAAAAACAUUAAGUUGUUGA